CGCGCUUAGCACACACUUCAUCUUCAUCCUCUUUCUGUUCUCUUCGCUUCUCUUCUUCUCCAAUUCGCCGUUCUCAGAGUGUGAUUUUCGCGCCUAUUGAUGGCGUCGUCUUCCACCACCACCAGCUCUUCUCUCUAUCUCCACUCUCUCUCCAAGGCUUCUUCUUCUGGUUUGUCCCAAUGGAGGAGCGGGUUGCGGUUCGAGUUCCGAGGCGGCUCAGCUUCCACCCACCGGCUGUUCGUUUCUCCGGCGGUGGUGUUUCUUCGGCAAAGUCCGAGACUUUCUGCGAUCAGAGCUUCAUCAGAGGGAGGAGGCUCGAGGCGGCGUAGAGCUUACAAGGAGUCACAAGCGGUUCCUAAUGCUAAAGUUCAGCAGAUUGCUUCCUCCAUCUUGCCCGUUGGCUCAUUCGUUGUUGUCACCUUCGUUUUGUGGAAAGUGGUGGAGAAGUUCAUGUCCCCCAAGUCUCCUCCUCCAAAGACUUCUUCUUCUUCUUCAGCUGGAGAUAAUAGCAAGUCUUCUGCACAAGGUGUGAAAUGGUCAAUCGGUGCUGGUACCAAUCUGUUGCAAGGUUUUGCUGCUAAGGUUGAUAGGGAGAACAAGCAGAGGCUUAACGAGUUUGCUAAAGAGCUCAGGUCCUUCAGAAGUGUUGACAUGGCAGGAUGCAACUUUGGAGAUGAAGGAUUAUUCUUUCUGGCUGAAAGCCUUGGGUACAAUCAGACUUUAGAGGACGUCAGUUUUUCUGCAAAUGGAAUUACAGCUGCGGGGGUUAAAGCCUUUGAUGGUGUUCUUCAGUCGAAUAUUAUGUUGAAGGUUCUUAACCUCUCUGGAAACCCUAUCGGUGAUGAAGGAGUUAAGACUUUAUGUGCUACAUUGAUGGAAAAUUCUAGCAUCGAGAUACUUCAGCUGAACAGUACUGAUUUAGGAGACGAGGGUGCGAAAGAAAUUGCUGAGUUGUUGAAGAGAAACUCAACCUUGAGGGUUAUCGAGUUGAAUAAUAACAUGAUUGACUAUUCUGGGUUCACAAGUCUUGCUGGAGCUCUUCCUGAGAAUAAUACAUUACGAAAUUUACAUCUCAAUGGGAACUAUGGUGGUGCUUUGGGUGCCAAUGCUUUAGCUAAAGGGCUCGAGGGUAAUAAGUCUCUACGGGAGCUUCAUUUGCAUGGAAAUUCCAUUGGAGAUGAAGGGAUUCGUGCUUUGAUGGCUGGUCUUUCUUCCCACAAAGGGAAACUGGCUCUGCUUGACCUGGGUAACAACUCCAUCACCACAAAGGGUGCCUUCUAUGUAGCAGAAUACAUCAAGAGAAGCAAGAGCCUGGUUUGGUUGAAUCUUUACAUGAAUGACAUAGGCGAUGAGGGAGCUGAAAAGGUUGCAGAUGCUUUGAAGCAGAACCGUUCAAUUGCAACCAUUGACAUUGGUGGAAAUAACAUCCACGCAGAGGGAGUUAAUGCUAUAGCUCAAGCGCUGAAAGAUAAUACAGUUAUCACGACGUUAGAGGUUGGUUAUAACCCCAUAGGACCUGAUGGAGCAAAAGCGUUAUCAGAAAUUCUCAAGUUCCAUGGAAAUGUAAAGACGCUCAAACUUGGUUGGUGCCAGAUAGCCGCUAAGGGUGCUGAGUACGUUGCAGACAUGUUGAGAUAUAACAACACGAUCUCGGUUUUGGACUUGCGGGCAAAUGGACUUAGAGAUGAGGGAGCUUCUUGCUUAGCUCGGAGCUUAAAAGUGGUUAAUGAAGCUCUGACAUCAGUGGAUCUAGGAUUUAAUGAGAUUCGGGAUGAUGGUGCAUUCGCCAUUGCUCAAGCUCUUAAGGCCAAUGAAGAUGUAACGGUUACAUCGAUAAACCUCGGGAACAACUUCAUCACCAAGUUUGGACAGAGUGCUCUGACGGACGCUAGAGACCAUGUUCUGGAGAUGACUGAAAAGGAAGUAGAGAUUUUCUUCUAGAGUGUGAGAGUUAGAACAAACGCAACUCCAGCUCUUUAAGAAGUGAUACCUAUCAAUCUAUAAACUUGCUUUUGUGUCCAUGCUCUUUUUUGAUUUGAUUGUUAUGUGGAUAAAACAUCUUACAUGUUUUUUUCAUUAAAUUCAUAGCAUAAAACAUAUCUCAUUGUUCUUCUAAUUAAAAGCAUAAACAUAUUGAUAAUCUUA